GAACCGCUGUCCCGGAGUUGCCGACCUCUGCUCUCCGGCUCUCUGCCUCCGACUCCGCCUCUCUCAGCACCAACACACGAGCGACCGACUCCCCAGUCAGCCUGUCGCCACCCCGAAGCCCCUUCCAGCUCCAGCCUGUACAGCCUCCCUCCCCCCUCCCCAAACCGGAGUCCAUACCGCUGUCCCGACGCGAACCCACCUCUCUCACGCCAAAUGCACUUCUAAUUUUUUUCCGGAAUUUAAAAAAAAAAAAAAGAAAAAAAGAAAAAGAUAAGAGUCAAGCUUGAAAAGUACAAUAGGAAGGAGUAGCUGCAUCGGAGAAGUUUUUCCUCUUUUGCCCCCAGUUUUUGGCCCCGCGGCGGGGCAGGAGAGCAAGGGCAGGCCGGGGGGGUAAAAGGAGACCGUAUAAUGUGGAUCUGGUACCUUCUGCUUGGUUCGGGGUCAGGCUCAAGAACUGUUGAGAGCCAGCUGCUUCCAGGGAAUAACUUCACCACAGAGUGCAACAUCCCUGGAAACUUCAUGUGUGGAGAUGGGAAAUGUGUCCCAGGCGGGUGGCAGUGUGAUGGAUUGCCCGACUGUUUUGACAAGAGCGAUGAGAAGGGCUGUCCUAAGGUCAAGUCGAAGUGCGCUCCUACGUUCUUCGCCUGCGCCAAUGGCGUCCACUGCAUCAUCGGACGCUUCCGCUGUAACGGCUUCAGCGACUGUCCUGAUGGGAGUGACGAGGAGAACUGCACAGGCAACCCACUGGUGUGCUCAGAGUCUCGCUUCAAGUGUCGAAAUGGCCGUUGUGUAGACCGCAGCUUCUUGUGUAAUGGCCAGGACAACUGCCAGGACAACAGUGACGAGGAGCUCUGCCUGACUACAGCAGAAGCUCCUGGCCAGGACUUCGUGACACUGGACUACCGCCUGCGCUACUACCCCAGCAUCACCUACGCCGUCAUCGGCAGCGCUGUCAUCUUCGUCCUGGUGGUGGCAUUGCUCGCCUUGGUGCUCCAUCACCAGAGGAAGCGGAGCGUCCUGUUGCCCAGAGGUGUAAGAGGGAGCUCGCAUCACCACCACCAGCCCCUGCUGCUGUCCCGUCUGGUCAUCUUGGACCGGGGCCACGCCCAUUCCGGAGGUCCAGGUCUCUCCGCCGGCUCCCCAACCACAGCAGGCCAGUACAGCUCAACUCCUCAGACGCUGCAGCUGCUGUCUGGGACCCUGUAUCCCUCCGGACUCUCAAUGGACUCACCUCCAUCAUACUCACAAGCUGUUAUGGAUGUCAGUCGACCUCCGUGGUUUGAUCUCCCUCCUCCUCCAUACCUCCCAGAUGGGGAGCCUCCAUCAGAGGGCGAGCUGCCUCGAUACGAGGCCCCGCAAGACCCUUUAAGCCACCCUCCAGCACUUCCCACUGCACCCUCCACACCCCAAUCUGUGCACUCGAGCACACAGCCAAGUUCGAGCUCCAGAGAAGAGUCGGACCAGCUGUAGCCCCUCUCUUGUAGACUCAUAACAGUUAGAACUUAGAGAUUGCAGGGCGUAAGGACCUGGCUGCAGGGCAGCGUGAGGCCACGACAGUCCACAGCUACAGUCCAGACCUGCUGACGAGAUUCAACAGGGCCUGAGAGACUAAACAGCAUCCUCAACUUGCUUCCCAUCGGCUUACUGAAGCACUGGACUGAGACCAGCUUCUCCUGCUAGACUGCUCUUGUAUGCAGCUCCUCCUGCUGGGGUCAUGGCUGCACUACACCUUAAUCAGUUACAUGUUCAGUCAUUUGUCAUCAGUUCAGUGCAGUUAAAUUGUGCCCCCCCCCCUUGAAGAAAUACUGUGUAUGAUAUGUAGCAGUGACCACGAUCUGUGCGGAAAAAUAAUGCAGCAUUUUGCGAUACGACUCACUCUACAUUACAUUUCGUAUCUACAGUAUUUUCCAUAGCAAGGUUCAUAAGAUUUUUUAUUGUGUUCAAGUUUUAAAAUACCUAAAUACUAGAUAAAAUCUGUGCUGUUGAGAAAUACUGCUACAUCUGAAGACUUACUGUACUUGGAGAAUUUUAGCAAUGAGAUGAAGACAGUACAACAGACAGUACAAGAUUGUUAAGAAUUUAAAAGAAACACAUGCAGUUGUGAUAUAUAGGAGCAUCCCAGUCAGAGGUACUCAAAAAGAUUAAACCUGUUUCUUCACUGUUGAUGUGAAAAGUGAACUGAUUAUCUGGUCUGUAAAAAAGUGAUAUUUUGUAUCUUUUGUAGUGGUGCUUUAAAGCUAGAGAUAUUUCUAAAUGAUCAGUUGAGGUUUUUGUUCUUUUUUUUCACAUUUUUGUCACGGUAUUUCUUGUUGUCAUGUGGUUAAAUUCCAGCUAAAAAUGUGAAGAGGACCAUUGAGAUUUCAUUAAAUCAUGCUAGGCAGAGAUUAUACCGUUUAAGUAUAUAUCUUUACCAAGAAAGUUUCUAAAAUCAUUCCUCUGAGAAAAAGAAACCCAUCUGCUGGCUACAUUUCUGUCUGAAUAACAGACAAGAAGAAGCAAAUACAAAGGAUUUUGUUGAGGCCUUAUUCUGUGCCAUUUUGGCCCAUAGUACCUUUAUAUGUGAUAUGCUUUUGGGUACAAAUAGCCUAUCUAAAGCCCCUAAGAACAGCAGCCUGAUCUGAGAUUUAACAGUAAGCUCACAUGACAACAAACAUUUAAGAUGACAUCGUCUUAGAUCAGAUUGUUCAAAUUCUGCCUGAGUUUGUUCAUGUAUAUAACUUUGGCUGUGCCUCAUUCAGGAAAGUCAUCAUUGGAAGUAUUAAACAAUGACUGAUGAAAUCCAUAAUUGAAGGAUCUGUGUUUUAAAUGUACUAUUGUCUUUUGACAAUUGUUUGUUAAUUUCAAAGUGGUUUGUUUGACACUGUACAUAGGUGAUAGGAAAGUAAAGAAAACUAUUUAAAAGUAGAAAACUACUUAGAGUUUAAAGUAAGAGAUGAAUGUGUAACAGUAAAAUGUAUUUGUGCUUUGCGUCUUACUUUUCUUCUAGAGCCAGCGGUGAUAGUGCAGGCACAAGACAAUCAAACCAAAGAUAAUCAUUAUUGACCUUUUCUCCAAGGAUAUUACCCUCCAAAGGAAUGAUUAUGUGUCACAACUGUUUGUACCUUUAUUGUUUUAAAAAUGUGCAAAGGUUUAGUGAGUUGAACAGCAUUCAUAUUAUUUGCUGUAAAACUGGAAAACAUUUCUCAGGAGAACAUUUAUACCAGUCUGUCUGUUCUGUUGUUUAUAUCUUGGUUUUGUUUUAAGGAAUUUUAAGAUCAAUUCCAUUCUUUUUUCUGAUUGGUUCUCAUGAGGUUAGAUAUUUACAUAUUCUUAAUAUUGCCCAUCAUGAUCUUUCGAUCCCCUGUAUUCUGUACAUUGAAAGUAAUAUAAAAUUCUGACUCAGAUCUCAUAUGUAUGAGUCUACCUGGAGAUGUAA